AUGACUUAUUCGUAUCCAUUAGAAUAUCCAAGUUGCCAUGUAAAAAGUUCAAAUGAUGUAAUAUGUGAUUAUUCAGAAGGUGCAACAUGCAGAAUGGAAACUGAUAGUGGACCCGGAGUGUGCAUGGCAAUAUACAAAUCUUGUCAGCAGUAUCAAGCAAUGGUCGCAGGUUAUAGCGGCUAUGAAAUUAACAAACAUAUCAUCGGUGGCGAGAACGCUAAGUCGGGAGAGUUUCCUUUCAUGGUGUCACUAGGAUACCAAAAUGAUGAAAACGAUCGUUCAAUCAUUAGCUACAUGUGUGGAGGUUCUUUAAUUACUGAUCGGCACGUUUUAACAGCAGCUCAUUGUAUUUUGAACACUAAUAAUUACCGACUCAUAGAGAUUCGUCUUGGUUCUAUAAGUCUACAAGACAAUAGUCGCGAUGUACAAAGGAUUUCGAUUGAUGACAUAAUAACUCAUCCUAGAUACAGAAUAAGUAGGAAUUAUUUUGAUAUUGCAAUUAUAACGAUGAGGCGACCCAUCAUUUUAUCGAAUCUAACGAUGCCGAUUUGUCUUCAAACGUAUAGCAUUCCAGCUUUUAAGUCGUAUUUAAAUUCGGAAAUGAUUGCAACUGGAUGGGGUGUAACUAAUUAUAACGAUGAUUCGCCAUCUUUGAAUCUCAAGAAAACUCGAAAACUGUCAUUGAUUGAUUCGCAAACUUGUGGAGAGCAAUACCGAGCGUCAAACAGAAUACCAAACGGGGUGGAUGACAGUUUGCUUUGCAUAUUGGACGAGAAUCCCGUGGACCGAUCUGAUGUUUGCCAGGGAGACAGUGGUGGGCCACUGUUUUUAAAGUCAACCGUGGUUAGCUCACUCCUCGGUAUCGUUUCUUUUGGCCAAGGUUGCGCCAGCUCUGUGCCUGGCAUUUAUACAUCUGUUUACUACUACUUAGAUUGGAUAGAACGAAUUGUGUGGCCAGCUCAAUAA